UUGCACCUACUAGGACAUAAGAAUUUUAAAAGUGUUGGGAGUCUUUACCCAAUGUUUUGAUCAUUCAUUAUUUUUACACACCCUCUUUUUGUUCCAGGUCAUUUACAUGCAUUUUUGUUUUGAGAAAUCUUAACACAGAUAUUCUAUGCCAUACUUCAACAGUAAACAGUGACCAAAUAUUGACCACAAGCUCCAAAAAGGACAAAACACCAUAAAAUUACAAGUUAUGGGCUAUUUUCAAAUUCUUCUAAAUCCAUACGAGUUUUGUGUGACAAACAAACCAAUUAAAUUAACAUCACAUCUUUGGUUCUUGCAUGAGAAGCCAUUAAUUUGAAAAUACUGACAUUUCAGAGCUGCAGUGGAGGGGAAGACUUUCAGUAUAAUGAUGAUUCUAUUUUUCAAUUUUGGGUGAACUAUUCCUUUAAGGCAUGGCAUAGAAUUUUUAAGUGUGUGUGUGUGUGCUUGCUGUAUCCAAUUACCGUAUAUAUACAUUUUUCAUGAAAAAGGACUUUAGUUAAGUAAGUUGAAAUCGUGUUUAUGAUCAGUUUCAUAUUAGGAAAAGUCAUGUAGCUGCCUCUCUAAAAUAGCACGAGGACUUAAGUGUAAAAACAUGACUUUGGGCAAAAAGAGUUUUUAAUAAUACAGUCGUUCUCUCUCUCGCGCUGUUCUCCUAAUGAUACCAUUACGCCUCUCCAGCGCUUCUUUGGGUGUGAACGCAAUGACAUCUCCGCCUUUCGCGAAACCCCCUCCUCUCCUGAGCAGAGUAUCACAUUCACACAGUAACUCCAUAGAUCACUCCUCAUACACCAUCCUGCACAAAAAAACAAAAACAAUAAAGGACUUUAAAGAAAAGACCAGACAACAAGGCGAGCAAUGCUAUCUUCUGACAAUGCCUCAUCACCACCUUUGAGAGUGAAGCAGGAUGAAUUUCAUCUUCUACACAUUCUUGGCAUACUUUUAUUUGGGAUCGCAAAUAUUCCUUCUCCAUACCCUGCUCGUCCAGCCUGCUCAUUCUCACCCACAGCCCUGCCACAUCCUAGCGCGGAUAGGACACACUGUGCGCCUGGGUGCCCUCCUGCCUCCCCGUCAGUCGGUCCGGGUGCGGGCGGCUCUCCACCGCGCCCUCAACGGUCUCGCCGAAAGCGGCAACAACUUUCUUCCGUACAACUUGAGCCUGGACGUGGUGGCUCGGGAAGCCCCGAGCGGAGACCCCGAGUCGCUCUUCAGGUGUGUGUGUCAGGAUAUAGUGGUCCAGGGGGUCUCGGCUGUGCUCGCCUUCCCUCAGACUCAGGAGGAAAUAGUACAAAUGGAAUUUAUGUCCUCUUUUUUGGAAAUUCCUUUUAUAAGCAUCAUUGAGCACGGAGAACCCCUCAAAACUCAGAAUCGCUUCCACUUGCAGAUGACAACUCGUAUUCCUCCAUCAAAACUGGUGGAGCUGCUUCUAGAUGUUCUGCAGCGCAGUGGCUGGGAAGAUAGUAUGGCAGUGCUUUGCCAAGGCUGGGAGGACGCUGGUCUUCUGGAUCUCCUGGAACUCCAAAGCCGCUCUGGCUGGGGACCCUUACACUGGCACCUUCGAUCUGCUCUGAACCUCUCCCACAGCAUACCUCACAUGGCUAACAUUUCUGACUUCCUCUCUGAGCACUUUAAUCAGGACCAUCCUCCACCUGCCUCUGUCCUGCUUUUUGGGGCUGACCCAGAGUGUGCCUCUUCUGUUCUGCGCAGUGCGCAUGACCUGGGGUUGACAUUGCCCACUGUACAUUGGAUUAUGGGACAUCCUCUAAGUCCAGACGCCCUUCAUUCUAUUGGCCUGCCUUUAGGACUCCUGGCCUAUGGAGAGGUUGACCGCAAACCACUGGACUUCUACAUUCAUGAUGCCCUGCAGUUAGUCAACCGAGCUGUUACUGCAGCAACGGUCGUACGACCCGAUCUAGCCCUCAUCCAAAAUAUGGUAAACUGUUUUGACAAACCCAACAAACACGAGCUGCCCUCAUCAGGACAGUACAUUGCCAGGUUCCUCUUUAAUACAUCCUUUGUAGGGAUGACUGGCCCUGUCAGCGUUCAACGCAACCUUUCCCGUGUACACACCUCCCAGAGGGUCCACAUUUGGAGUCUGAGGCGUGAUGCUGUCGGUCAGCCCACGUGGGUGACGGUAGGCAGCUGGGAAGGUGGUAGGUUGGAUGUAGAGGAGCAGGGAUUAUGGCAGGGCUCGUCCCCUCGGCAGCGCACGGAGGGCCAGAUGGGCAGGGAAGGUCGUAGAUGGCGAGCUGGCUUUCCUGUGAUGGGGAGUCGUGUGCGUGUGGUCACUCUGGUGGAGCACCCGUUCGUGUUCACUCGAGAGGUAGAUGAGGAUGGGAACUGUCCCGCUGGGCAAUACUGUCUGGAUGCAGGCACAAACAGUUCGGAAAACCUGGACCACUUGUAUUCCGAGCGGGCUCAAGGCAACAGCAGCUUCUUGCCACCGGAUUACAGCAAGUGUUGCUAUGGAUACUGUAUCGAUCUACUGGAGAAGCUGGCAGAAGACAUGAACUUCAAGUUUGACCUGUACAUAGUUGGGGACGGAAAUAUGGGGCACUCAAGGGUGGGCAGUGGACGGGGUUGGUGGGCGACCUGCUGA